AUGGUUAAGAGAUUUCAAUCCUUGGUUGAAGCUAAGGGAGGCGGUCCUCUACUCUCUGAGAGCGCAACUCCAAUGAGUUCUCAUGACUUGGGCUGGGCCAUCACCUCCGGUGUCACGACAGUGAUUGGCGGUAUGGCAGUAGGAUUGGCCAAUGCCAACGAUUACACACGAUUCGCUCGGAAACCUGGUGACCAAGUAUUUGGGCAGUGGUUUUCCAUCAUAUCCUUCGGUACACUGUUCCUCCUCUUUGGCUGUCUCGCGGCGUCUGCCACGCAAGCUAUCUGGGGAGAACCUAUCUGGAACCCUCCCUUGAUCUGUCAACGGUGGCUUGACAGAGACUACUCGUCAGGGUCCCGGGCAGCAGCAUUUUUCGCUGGUCUAGGCCUGGCGAUGGCCCAAAUUGCGAUCAAUUUGGUGGACAACGCCUAUAGCGCCGGUAUGGACCUUUCCGGCCUCGUCAGUUCUUACAUCAACAUCAGGCGCGGUGCAUUUCUUGCCCUGUUUCUCAGUAUUGCUAUGUGUCCAUGGGAUCUUCUUGCCUCGGCCAGUGUCUUCAUCUCUGUCUUGUCUGCUUACAGUGUCUUUCUUGGGCCCAUUAUCGGUAUUCACGUUUGCGACUACUGGCUGAUUCGGUCCCGGCGCAUUAAACUCAGUGAUCUCUACAAUCCCGAUUGUAACAGUAUUUACUACUUCAACCACGGUUUCAACCCGAGAAGCUUUGUUGCUUGGAUUCUCGGUUUUGCAACUCAACUGCCGGGAUUUGCGGCUACUGUUACACCCGACAAAGUUCAAGUUGGCGAGGCGUGGCAUGAACUGUUUUACCUCGCAUUCCCACUCGGAUUCACCAUCUCGUUUGUGGCACACUACGCUCUGAACCGUGCGUUUCCGCCCCCUGGUCUUGGCCUUGUUGACGAUAUAGACUUUUUCGGGUCGUUCACUGAGGCUGAGGCAAAUGAGUUAGGUAUGGGCCUGGUUACCGAUGAGAGCUAG